AAAGUGUCUAGAACACCGCCGCCUUCGCCGCCAUUACCAAGCCAUCUUCACCUGUCACAAAGGACGGACUUUAAACUCCGAAUGAGAAUCAUGUCUCACAUUAAAGAAUGUGCAUAAGAAGAGAUGCAUGGCUAUUCUUAUUUUCCGUUCAUUUUUCCCACAAUUUUCCAAAAUCAGCGACCACAAGCAUUGUUCAGCCACACCACAUCAUCAUCCCAUCAAUUCGCACUCUAACAGUGAAAGAAACGUUAGGUUUACGUAGCCGAAAGGGAAUUUUUUAUUUUUUGUCACUUCUUACGCGUGUUUCUCCGAAACUUGCAUAUUUGCCUCGGCACCGCUUCUUUACACCUGUAAAUAGCCUAUCUGAUGCAGAAUGAUCGCAUGGGGUGUAGUCUGCAACCACACUCUCUAUUGAGAAUAAUCAUUCUAUAAACUUACCAGGCGAGAAUUGAUGAUGACGAUGAUUAUAAAAUAGUCUCAUUUCUGUUCGGAUCGAAAGAA